CCCGCCAGGACGAGCGCCCCGAUAACCGCGCUACCGAGCGCCCGGAGCCCGGCACAGGCCGCGCUGGAGCCGUGGCUGCGGGAAGGGGAGCGGGCUCGGUGAAAGAAAAGCCGAAGGCGGGAGGCUGGAGCCGCGCUCAGGACUGUGCGCUUAUUGUUAGGCAGACCAUGUGGAUGUGAGAGCUGCCCCAGCCUACGAACAACCUGAAUAUUUUGUGUGAAACAGGUUUGAGGUCUUCUUCUGUGACAGUGUGUAGGAGAGAUCUGAAGAUCAUCUUGUGCCUCAGCUUGAUACAAACUGCAGACAGCAAAAUGACAGUCAGGUGAUUCAUGGCAGGGGACGUGGAAGGGUUUAGCUCCUCCAUCCAUGACACCAGUGUCUCUGCAGGAUUCAGAGCACUGUAUGAGGAGGGAUUGCUUCUUGAUGUCACACUUGUCAUUGAAGACCACCAAUUUCAGGCCCAUAAAGCACUGCUUGCCACCCAGAGUGAUUACUUCAGGAUUAUGUUCACAGCAGACAUGCGAGAACGAGAUCAGGACAAAAUCCAUUUGAAAGGUCUGACAGCUACAGGCUUCAGCCAUGUCCUCCAAUUCAUGUACUAUGGAACUAUUGAACUGAGUAUGAACACUGUUCAUGAAAUCCUUCAGGCUGCCAUGUAUGUCCAGCUUAUAGAGGUGGUAAAGUUUUGCUGCUCUUUUCUCCUAGCUAAAAUCUGCUUAGAAAACUGUGCAGAAAUUAUGAGACUUCUGGAUGAUUUUGGUGUAAACAUCGAAGGAGUCAGGGAAAAACUGGAUUCCUUUCUGCUAGAGAAUUUUGUGCCACUCAUGUCCAGACCUGACUUUCUUUCAUAUCUGAGCUUUGAGAAACUCAUGUCAUACUUGGAUAAUGAUCACCUGAGCAGGUUUCCAGAGAUAGAGCUGUAUGAAGCUGUUCAGGCCUGGCUGCGCCAUGAUAGAAGACGCUGGAGACAUACGGACACCAUCAUUCAGAACAUCAGGUUUUGUUUGAUGACACCAUCCAGUGUUUUUGAGAAGGUAAAAACAUCAGAGUUUUAUCGAUACUCCCGGCAGCUGCGACAUGAGGUUGACCAAGCCAUGAAUUACUUUCAUAGCGUUCACCAACAGCCUCUGAUGGAAAUGAAAUCGAACAAAAUUCGUUCUGCCAAACCCCAGACUGCAGUAUUUAGAGGAAUGAUAGGACACAGUAUGGUAAACAGUAAAAUUCUUCUCUUGCACAAACCGAGGGUGUGGUGGGAACUAGAGGGUCCUCAAGUACCUUUACGACCAGACUGCCUUGCCAUUGUAAAUAACUUCGUGUUCUUAUUAGGUGGGGAAGAACUGGGGCCAGAUGGUGAGUUCCAUGCUUCGUCCAAAGUGUUUAGAUAUGACCCAAGACAGAACACUUGGUUACGAAUGGCAGACAUGUCUGUGCCACGUUCUGAGUUUGCUGUUGGAGUGAUUGGCAGGUACGUUUAUGCAGUGGCCGGGAGAACCAGGGAUGAAACGUUUUACUCUACUGAACGGUAUGAUAUUACUGAAGAUAAAUGGGAAUUUGUGGAUCCCUAUCCAGUCAAUAAGUACGGACACGAAGGGACUGUGCUUGGUAACAAGUUGUAUAUCACUGGUGGAAUUACAUCAUCUUCAACUUCUAAGCAAGUGUGUGUGUUUGAUCCCAGUAAAGAGGGGACAGUAGAGCAGCGAACAAGGAGAACUCAAGUGGUCACUAACUGUUGGGAGAACAAAUGCAAAAUGAAUUAUGCAAGAUGCUUUCACAAAAUGAUCUCUUACAAUGGUAAGCUUUAUGUCUUUGGUGGUGUCUGUGUGAUCCUGAGAGCCUCCUUCGAAUCUCAAGGAUGUCCAUCUACAGAGGUCUAUGACCCCGAUACCGACCAGUGGACUAUAUUGGCUUCUAUGCCAAUAGGUAGGAGUGGUCACGGUGUAGCUGUUCUGGACAAACAGAUAAUGGUUCUUGGAGGCCUUUGUUACAACGGUCAUUACAGUGAUUCGAUCCUCACUUUUGAUCCAGAGGAAAACAAAUGGAAAGAAGAUGAAUAUCCAAGGAUGCCGUGCAAGCUAGAUGGCUUACAGGUGUGCAGCCUGCACUUUCCUGAGUAUGUUCUGGAGCACGUUAGACGUUGCAGCUAAAACAGAAUGAACAACCCAAUCAAAUACAAAAGAGCUAUACUAAUUUGUUGAAAAAAAUUACAAACCAGUUGAAUUCCUGCAGAGACAUUUCCUUGGGUAUAAGAACAACAGCUAAAUGCUCAAGAGAAAUGGGAUGUAUGGAGGGUAUACUUACCAAGUUUAUAAGAAAAGGUGAUAGUUGGUCUGACUUUGUGAAAGCUCUGUUAUUUUUUUGGUUUUUUUACAGCUCAACCUGUACUUGGGUACAACCAGGUAUAAAGUAACAAAACCAAACCAUUUCUGUAUUUUAUGUUAUCUUUUAGAUGCUUUUCCCAUUAACUGCAAAGUACUCUCAAAUCUGCUAGGCUUUUUUGUUUUCCCUUAUUUACUUUGGAGAAGAAUUUUAACCCUUUUGCAUGGCGCUUUUCCUCGUUUUGUAUAGUUGUACCCGUAAGUCUGCCAAAAUGCAAAUUACACAUUUUCUACUAAAUUGAAAACAAAUCAUUUUUAUAUUCAAAACACUAUUUCUAUGCUGCCUUCUAUUGUCUGUGUUGUGUUUGUGGGUGAGUAAAAAAAACGUAUACACACAUGUGCAUACACUGUAAAAACUGUAUAUAUAUAAAUGCAUCUUUUUAUGUGCAGUUGCAAUAUUAUAUUUUAACUAGUGCACAGAUUCAGUCAUAUCUGUUGAAUUUAAGGUAUUCUUUCAUGAGCUAAAUAAUUCAAAGUUCUUAAGCAAAACUGGAAGCCUCAUUUGGUAUUAAAGUAUCUUAUCUUUAGUAUAUACUGAUUGAUUCAGUAACCUUAAACUCUUUAUAUUGUUGCUACAUAAUGAACUGUUGGUUAUUUUUUAUGUUAUGUUAUAAAUUAUUUUUUUUAAAAAAGUAAACUCAUUUUACCUGAGUUUCUUUUUGGUUUCAAUAUGCUGCCCAGUUUUCUUUUUUCAUUAAAACAGAAAACAUCAAUAAGCAAAUGCUCAGCCCUGCUGCAACCCACAGUUAUUUUUGGAACUGGAUACUGGAUAUGCUACAGUUUAUUGUCAAUACUUUGCUUAUACUUACACUUCAAUAUGAGUACUCAUAUUGAAGUGGUAUAGUCUUUUUAUUAUUAUUAUUAUUUAAUUAUUAACUGUUAAGAACUACUGUGUAUUGAAAAUAUGGAGUUAGAGGAUUACUUUGUUGGUAUAAUUUGUUUCUUUUAUAAAAACCUACACAAUAUGGCUACUGACCUUGGAGUGCCUGAAUAGAGAUGGCUGGUCCAAGAGGGCUUUGACUAUUCCAUUGUGUUAAUUUGCAGGUAUAAAUGACAGCAGAUUGGUAAGAAUUAUCUGCCAAGACAUAAGUAAUAACAGUAACUGCAUUUUGACUAUCUUUGUGGAUGUAAAGUAGCCACUUCUGGAACCCAAAGGGGAGAUUUGGGGAAGCUGAAGGCUCGCACGUUGUUCAGAUGCUGGAACAUGAGCUGCAUAUUUUGUAAAAUCUUAACACUGCUGUGUUUCUUUCUAAGCAAUAGACUUUACUUUAUAUGCAGCAAUGCAAAACCACUUUAUUCAGCAUCUUCCAGUCAGAAUUCACUGUAGAAAAGGAAUGUACAGUACUCAGGGAGUUCAAAAGAAUGCACUUAAAGGGACCAAAAUCACCAUAAAUUUUCCAUGUUAAAAAUAACACCUACUUGUGUAAAUGAAGUUUGAAAUAAUAGAGGUUAAAACAAUGUGUAAAACUUCUCAUAUUGUAAUCCAGUAUCUUUGUAAGAAUUAUGUUCUGGGUUGAAAUGUGAGUAUUCAGAGCUAUAUGGCAAGUCAGCAGAUUUUUAGCAUUUGUUUAUUGUUAGAAAUUAUUUGUUAACUGAGUAUUUUCAUAUGUUUUAAAAGAAAGAGGGAAUGUUUGCCAUCAUAGCUGUAGUGGUAAAUUCUUUACACCAGAAGAGACUGGACCAAAUACAGCCUUCUGAUGCAGACUAGUUUGCAGCUAAAUUUGUCUUUUUUAAUAAUAAUUCAGUUUACUGAAUUAGAAAUCUAAUUUACUCUCUUGAUAGCCUGACUUAAAGCAGAUGUUGCUUACACUAAAACCUCAGUUUCACUUGAGACUUGUGUGCACAUCACCCUGCAUGGGGAGAAACAAACUGACUCUGGUAGGUGCUGGCUGUGUGCUGACUGUACACAGUUCAUGGAAUAUUGGGGCACAAGAGUUAAAAAACAAGGUUGGGGUCUUUUUGUUUGUUAUUUGGUGUUGUGUGGGGUUUUUUUUGUUGGGUUGUUUUGUUUUUGGGUUUUUUUUGUCACCAGCUCAUUUCUCAGUAAGUUAAUGGGGCAGCAAGCUAAUCCUGUGUGAGGUGGCUGUCAAGGGCACGUUACAAAGAGUGCUUCACUUUAUGGGGGGCCAUUGCCAGUGUGGGGAGCAGCCCGGGCUCUGGCUGAAUGGUGGUCAGGAGGCAGAUGUCUCAGAGACAUGGCCAAGACUUUACUAGAAGUAAUGGGAAGGAUAGGGGUAUCCCCAGUUACAUUGUCAAGUCUGCAUUUAAGCGCCUUCAGAAGCUCUGUGCGCUCAGCCACUACCGCUGAAGUCAUUGGUGAGUGCUGACACUUGAAAAAGGAAGAACCAGAUCGGUUUUGGUGCUCCGCUUUUAAGCUCACAUUUAUCUUCAGGUGCCCAGUUCUGAAUGGUCUUGUUCAGGAUUGUAGUAGUAGUUGUUCUGUGAAAUUAUAAUUGAACUGUUGGUUUCAGCUUCCCUGAAGCUGUGUCUCCACUGAGAGGCUGACUGUAACCUUUCCAGCAUUAGGGAUGGUUGGAAUUUCCUUGGGAUUAGAACGGUGGGGAUAUGUGAGAACGCUUUGUCAAUUUACAUAUCUACCAUGCUUUCAUUGUUUCGGACCUGAAAUAUAAAAAUUAGCUUCUGUUCUCUUUUAUACUGCAAUGGAACUUUUCAGACAGUUACUUUGAUUACUUGGAGGGAUUUGGGGUUUUUUAAUUGAUUUUUUUUUAAAUGUUUGCUCUUAUUAUUUAGCUCCAGAUAAUUUAGUACCUUAAUGGGAACAAACCUAAGAUGAUGGUUAAUGAGAAUUUCCGAUUACUAUCAAAUUUUGAGCAUUAUGGUCAGAUUAAGGUGGGUUUUAAAAAAACAUUUAAAUGCCUCUCAUUUGUGAAGGAAAAGGUGAGUUACAAUCUUUGGUUAUUAGAUUUGGGGAGGUUCUCCUUUUCCCAUCCCAUAAUGGAAUACCAGCAAAUCUAAUGUUACCCACAUAUAUAAAAUUCAACAUAUGACUUGCUUUGAAAAGCAAGUGUACUUGCCUUUUUUUAGAAAGGUGGACAAUCUGGGGUUUUUUGGGUUUUUUUCACAUCUAUAGAAAAAAUGUAUCAGCUUCAUUUCUUAAUUUAGCAACCAACUCCAGGAGGACAUUUUCUUUUCAAACAGACAGUGGACAAAAAGCACAGUGUUCUGUAAAGGGACCAGGUAGUGCCAGUUCCCAUUUCACAUGCUCCUAGGUCUGUUUUUAGGGGGCAGAUAAUUUUUUUUUAUAAGUGCUGCAUAAGGAAAAAAUAGAUCACUUUCUACAAAGUGUUGGUAGUUUCAUAGUGGGAGGCAUCAGCUGACAAAAAGAAAGUUUAGGAAUUUUUUUUCCCCAUGAAUUCAGCUGGAAGAAGGCAGACCUUGAUUUUACAGAGGUCCUGCUGUUUCAGAAAGCACUGCUAGCAAGUGGCAGCAUAUGAGCUACCUGGCAACCUGCUCUUAUGUUUCUUUCUUUUGAAAAAUGUGGAUGCCCUACUUCCUGCAGUAUGACAACAACUGUUAGAACUAGCUCUGAGGGUUUGACUGUAAUAUUUCCCUGGUCCCUGAGAUUUGCAGCUAUUCAUUUUUGAGGCCCUCCUGUCUUUGAAUUCCAAGUGCUGCAUUUCCUCAUGCUUAUAAUACAGUAAAUACUUGUGUCAGGGAUGGAAGCUUCACUUUACAUUUUGGAAACAAAGAUAAAAUUCAGCGGGUGCAAAUUCAAACUGAUCUAAAAAACCCCAUUGCUUAACUCAUUAUGUCCAUUCUUUAGCAAAGGGAGGGUGAAUGUUGUGGGGAGACACUAACAGUUCUUUAAAAUAAAAUUCUAGUUUAUUUUAUGUCAGCCUGCAUAUGUCAGUCUUUUUAGAAGCAGUCACACUUGUAGAAGUAUUUUGCCUUUUAAAUAUACUUUUUAUUUAAAAAAAAAAAAAAAAAAAAAAUAGUGAAUUGGGCUCCAGAAUCUAUUAACACUUCAGAUGUGGACUUCACAUAUGUGAAUAGCCCAAUACAAAGAAACAGAAAACUGGAAGGUACUUAAAGGAAAACAUGUAAGCACAAGUGUUACUAAGCCUGUGCUUAAGAGUUUAUAGGUUUGGGACCAUCAGAGAAAACAUCCCUUUUGCUCUCUUGCUAAUAAAAAGAUAUAUAGGUGGUGAAGUUACUUGAAUAAGCAUCUGUCACCCGUGGUGGGGUUUACUGAAGGAGAGUGCAAAGAACAUAACUGGAAAACACAUCAUCUACUUAAACAGAGCUUGCUGGUGUCCUGUAGCUAACAUUCUGAGAUUUUCAUGUUUGUUAAACAACUUAAAGCUGCUUAAAAUAAAUACUAAUGACUACUUUUGCAUCUGUAUUCUAUUUUUAAAAGUUGGUUAGUAACUUGAAAAUUUCCAUUUGUGUGGGUAAAACGUGUUGUAUGUGGCAGAAAAACGAAUUUGUUUUGAGCACAGCUUUCCUGUGUAUCCCUCUACUAAUUUUUUAUACUUCUCUAAGUUCAAUUUAUGUAAUCUUUUAAAAAUAGUGUAAAAAAACCAAUUUGAAAUACCUUUGGAUUAAUGUUAAGUUGGUAGCUAGGGGAAAAUAAUUUCUAUUUGCAGAUAGUUUUUAUUUAUGUCUCUGGUAGAGAAAUCUUACUGUAAGUCUAGGAAAUGAAGCGUUCUGUAGGACUGUAAAGUUAGCUAUAUUUAGGGGGGCUUUUAUUACCUCAGUGGGACCCACCUAACUUUUAUGUCAGUGUUGGAGCAGGUGAAGGGAAGAGUGAAUUAUGUUUUUAUUUUAAAUAUUUUUCCCUAUAUAUUGUUAUUUUUGUAGAUCUUUUAAAAAUAAAUUAUUAUAUGCUGGAGAUUGCAAUUCCACUAUAAUAUCCCACAAUUCCAGUGUACAAUAUCAGAUUGUUUGUAUUGAAAAGAAUGUAUUUGAUAAGUUAACAGGAAAAGUUAUUUUCAAACUGUACUUUUGUGUCUAGCUAUUGGAAAUACUUUCCCUAUAGGAAAAUUAAAAUUAUAUGUAUAUGACCUCAUAUAUACAUUUGGAUUAACUGUCUAAUGAUUACCCUAGGGCUGCUGUAAACUUGUCUAAAUAAUUUAAGAAUUGCCUCUUUUUAACUGUUUUAAGGCGCUUUUUUUUUUUUUUUUUUUUUGGUAAAAAGUAAUUUUCCCUUGCUACGGAUACAGUAUGCUCAGACUUGCAUAUGUGCUCUAUUUGGGUUUCAAGCUGAA